AUGGAUGCAGCAGAGUUUCGGCGCAGAGGCAAGGAGAUGGUGGACUACGUGGCCGACUAUCUGGAAAACAUAGAAAAUCGACCUGUCUUCUCAGAUAUAGAGCCAGGAUAUCUUCGUUCCCUGAUCCCCACCGAGGCUCCACUGGAGCCCGAGAACUACGAGGACAUUAUAAAGGAUGUGGAGAGGGUCAUAAUGCCAGGGAUCACCCACUGGCACAGCCCAUACUUCUUUGCUUACUUUCCAGCGGCUUCCUCUUACCCCGCCCUGCUGGCUGAUAUGCUUUGUGGAGCCAUCGGUUGUAUCGGAUUCUCCUGGGCUGCCAGCCCAGCCUGCACAGAGCUGGAGACGGUGAUGUUAGAUUGGCUUGGGAAGAUGCUGCAGCUGCCUGAGAGUUUUAUAGCUGGGACACAUGGAAGUGGAGGAGGGGUCAUCCAGGGCACAGCCAGUGAGGCGACCCUGAUGUCUUUACUUGCCGCCCGCUGUAAAGCAAUCAGACGCGUCCAGGCAGUCAACUCCACUUAUUCUGAGUCUGACAUCCUUGGCAAACUGGUGGCAUACACCUCUGAACAGGCUCAUUCUUCGGUGGAGCGAGCUGCUCUGAUCGGAGGAGUGAUGAUGAAGAAGGUUCCUACAGACAACAACUAUGCUGUCAGAGGGGAAAUGCUAAAGGGGAUAAUGGAGAAGGACAAAGCAGCUGGACUCAUCCCUUUCUAUUUCUGUGCGACUCUUGGCACCACUCCAUCGUGUGCUUUUGAUCACAUCACUGAGCUGGGGCCUUUAUGUAAUAAGGAAAACAUGUGGAUGCACAUUGAUGCAGCAUAUGCUGGGAGUGCAUUUAUCUGUCCUGAAUUUAGACCUUUGUUGAAUGGAAUUGAGUUUGCAGACUCUUUCAACUUCAACCCACACAAAUGGCUUUUAAUCAACUUUGACUGCUCUGCACUGUGGGUGAAGAAGAGAACAGACAUCAUCGGAGCCUUUAAAAUGGAACCGCUCUACCUGAAACAUGAAAACCAGGAGUCAGGGCUGGUCACAGAUUACAGGCACUGGCAGAUUCCACUGGGGAGGAGAUUUCGCUCGCUAAAGUUAUGGUUCGUCUUUCGUAUGUACGGACUCCAAGGCCUGCAAGCUCAUAUACGCAAG